GUGUCUGCAGAGCAAAGUGGAGAAAUGGAUGAAGAAAAUGUAGCCGGCAGCGACGAUCAGCCCCUGAGUUUGCAGAAAGCCCUGCAGCAGUGCGAGUUGGUCCAGAACAUGAUCGACAUCAGCAUCUCCAACCUGGAGGGGCUCAGGACCAAGUGUGCCACUUCCAACGACUUGACACAGAAGGAGAUCAGGACAUUGGAGAGCAAAUUAGUGAAGUACUUCAGCCGUCAACUGUCCUGUAAGAAGAAAGUGGCUCUUCAGGAGAGAAAUGCCGAACUAGAAGGAUUUCCUCAGCUUAUGCAUUGGUUCAGAAUUGUCAACAUCCGCAAAGAAGUGAUGGAGGUAAUUGACCCUGGGCAGAUCUCUCUGGAAGACCUGUUAGAUAUGACUGAUGAGCAGGUUUGCGAAACACUGGGAAAGUUUGGUGCUAGCACCGAAGAGUGUGAUCGGUUAAAUGCCUCCCUUUCUUGUCUACGCAGUGUUUACAAAUCAGGAAGCAGCCUGUCUAAGCAAGACUGGGCCAUUCAGUGGCCAGCUACAGAGCCGGGGAAAGAAAAUAGUCCGUUCACCCAAGAGACAGCCCAGUGGAUUCAAACGCAUCUUACACAGAGUCCCAAACUACAGUCCAAAGGCAUCCAGCACUACUGCCAUUUUCCUGUAGCUUAUGGAUCUAUGUACACUAAUGUAGACAGGUUGACUGUUGAAGCAUAUCCAGGCUCCUGCCAAUCAUCAGAGACUGGGCAUCGCUCCUUACCACCAUCACCCCGCCAACGACAUUCAGCACACACUAAUCCACCAAGGACACCUAACAUAGUUACUACUAUGACCCCUCCAGGCACUCCCCCUGUACGGCGAAGGAACAAGUUAAAGCCACCUGGCACCCCUCCACCUUCGUCACGGAAACUCAUUCACCUUAUACCUGGAUUCACUUCGUUGCAUCGAAGCAAGUCUCACGAGUUCCAAGUCGGACACCGUGUGGAUGAGUCUCAUACCCCCAAAACAAAGAAAAAGAACAAGCCUCUGAACCUCAAGAUUCACAACAGCGUGGGCAGCUGUGAAAAUAUCCCAUCUCAGCGCUCACCUCUUCUCUCCGAACGUUCACUACGUUCUUUCUUUGUGGGCUACCCAUCUUUCCUCCCCUCUACUCCCCCUGUUCAUAUUGAACCUUCUUCUGCAAACACACUAUCAGUGCCUCGCUGGUCUCCACAGAUUCCACGAAGAGAUCUGGGAAACUCCAUCAAACACAGGUUUUCUACCAAGUACUGGAUGUCUCAGACCUGUACUGUCUGUGGGAAAGGGAUGCUGUUUGGACUGAAAUGUAAAAACUGCAAAUUAAAGUGCCACAAUAAAUGCACCAAAGAGGCUCCUCCAUGUCAUUUACUAAUCAUACACCGAGGAGCACGACUAGUCAGGACUGAAUCUGUACCCUGUGACAUCAACAAUCCUUUGAGAAAACCUCCACGGUAUUCAGACCUCCAUAUAAGCCAAACCCUUCCCAAAACCAACAAAAUAAACAAGGACCACAUUCCAGUGCCCUACCAGCCAGAUUCCAGCAGCAACCCUUCCUCUACGACAUCCUCCACACCGUCCUCACCUGCUCCUCCGCUUCCCCCCAGCGCCACCCCACCCUCUCCUCUCCACCCAUCCCCACAAUGCACCCGCCAGCAAAAGCCGUUCAACUUACCAGGGUCCAACAGUACGACUCAUCCGUGUCCCUCUUUGCUGCAAGGUUCUCAUUACUACAAGUAUAAACAGCAGUUCAUAUUUCCAGAUGUUGUGCCUGAAGUCCCUCCCCGAGCACCCCAAGUAAUCCUUCAUCCAGUGACUUCUAACCCAGGUAAUGAAGGAAAUCCAUUACUUCAAAUUGAAGUGGAACCAACAUCUGAGAAUGAAGAAAGCAAUGAGAAAGCAGAAGAGUCUGAAGAUGACUUUGAGGAGAUGAACCACUUGCUGCUAUCAGCCAGGAACUUCCCCCGUAAAGCCAGUCAAACCAGCAUAUUCCUACAAGAAUGGGACAUCCCAUUUGAACAGCUGGAAAUUGGAGAGAUGAUUGGCAAAGGACGCUUUGGGUUAGUGUACCAUGGUCGCUGGCAUGGAGAGGUAGCAAUUAGACUUAUUGACAUUGAGCGGGAUAAUGAGGACCAGCUAAAAGCAUUUAAGCGGGAAGUGAUGGCUUACCGACAGACACGACAUGAGAAUGUGGUACUCUUCAUGGGAGCCUGCAUGAGCCCUCCACACCUAGCAAUUAUCACCAGCCUGUGCAAGGGAAGAACAUUAUACUCAGUGGUCCGAGAUGCAAAAAUAGUUUUAGAUGUCAACAAGACCAGACAGAUAGCACAAGAAAUUGUGAAGGGAAUGGGAUAUCUCCACGCUAAGGGCAUUCUACAUAAAGACCUCAAAUCGAAAAAUGUUUUCUAUGACAAUGGAAAAGUCGUGAUCACAGAUUUUGGCCUCUUUAGUAUAUCUGGUGUGCUGCAAGCUGGCAGGCGGGAAAACAAGCUCCGGAUCCCUAAUGGUUGGCUUUGCCAUUUGGCUCCAGAAAUAAUACAGCAGUUGUCUCCUGACACAGAGGAGGAUAAACUUCCAUUUUCAAAGCACUCGGAUGUAUUUGCACUUGGAACUAUUUGGUAUGAGUUGCAUGCCAGAGAAUGGCCAUUCAAAAGUCAGCCAGCAGAAUCAAUUAUAUGGCAAGUAGGAACAGGCAUGAAGCCAAAUCUUAGCCAAAUCGGAAUGGGAAAGGAAAUAUCGGACAUUCUACUCUUCUGCUGGGCCUAUGAGCAAGAGGAAAGACCAACUUUUACCAAAUUGAUGGAGAUGCUGGAAAAACUGCCAAAGCGGAACAGACGCCUCUCUCAUCCAGGUCACUUUUGGAAAUCAGCCGAGCUGUGACAGAUAUCGGGUGUGGUACAUUAGCAUCUCGGUAUCCCCUCUUCUACAUCUGCCUUCUCCCUGUCCUGAACACUACUGUUCUUCCCCUCAAGCUAUGGGAAAUCUGAAGGUGGAAGAAAUUGUAGGAAAGACAGUGAAGAUUAAGAGCAGGUGGGAGUAUUGCACUCUAAAGCGAGAGCGAGCCCAGUGCUGCCUCAUCUGCCUUAGCCAACCAAUGGAUGGAAGUGCUACUAAGGGAAGUUCACCUCUCCUUAGAGACUGGAGCACUAGAAAGAGGAUAGAAAAUGUAUGAUUUGGCUGGAGCAAUUGUCGUUCUCAAUGGUCACUAUAUGCGCUGUAUUGAUAUAUGAGGGCCAGUUAUGCACAUACCUCUAAAACUGACCCUGUUUAUGCACCUCGAUAAGCUAGAAACAGGAUAGUGUGACAUCAUGGCUUUGCAGUCCUCUCUAGCAGUAAAUGUAAUCGGGGAAAAAUAAAUCUUGUCGUCAAGAAGGAAAUUCCUUGAGUAUGCCCUUCACUAUCUAAAGGGAUAAAUGUUGGGAAUUCCAAAACACCAAUUUUAUUUUUUUAAGAUGAUUUUUUGAUGAACGAACCUGAGUAGAAAAUGUGAAGACUCUGUACAGUUUUAGGCAUUUGACUGACUGAAUGAAGAUUGUACAUUGGUGACCGGAAUGAUUGCAAAAUGUCUUGAAUUAUUGUGUUUUAUCUGUGUCUAUUUGUGUUCUUAGAUUAAGUUACUGGCAGCAUGCUGCUUAUCUUAUGCAGUACAAAGGACAUGUACACAGAGCAUAAAUCUUCAUACUUGAACACUUGUUAAAACUAACCACUACAGAGGAAAAACUAUUUGAAUUAAAUAAAGACAUUUAAUUACAAGUA